AUGUCGCCCUUCUUACAGGCUUCAGAACCGCUCUUGCUCACGCGAGGUACGAGAUUUGCAAGCGAGAGCAGCCUCAAUCUCACAUCGCCCCCUGAUAACACAAAUGUGGAAGCCGCUCCAACUGCGGGUCAUGUUGGAGUUCGGCUUCUCAUUCAGCACGCCGUCCAUUCCAAUAUAUAUACGUCUACUCUCCUUGCUGCAGCAACAGGAGCAGCUGCAGUGGCAGCGGCCAUCGUCUUACUGUGUAUUGCCAAGAAUAGAAACAGGUCCUUCCUCUGGUCUUACAUCCCGAUAAAGAGCCGGGCAGUGGUCACAAGCAAAAGCAGUCAAACUGCGCGCGUCAGCGGACCAGGACUAUACCCGGAAUCUAACCGUCCUUCGAAUAAUUAUACGCAAAACGACUUAGCGGCGUGUGAUCCUGUAGUUGCUGGCAGUAGUGGCAGUAGUUUUGCGUCGACCGGUGCCAGAAACCCAUUGCCGGCCGCGGAUCUGACGUCGCUCCUAUUCAGCCAAGCGCAAGGUGCCGGCGACUACACCCUCGACCAAAUACCCAUAUCCUCACCCACACCAUUUAGCCUGUCCGGCAGGCCAAAGCUGCAGCUGUGCCGCCAGGAUCGUCCUUGGGUACCCCAGUCAAAGUCUAGCCAGCAGCAGCAAUCCGAUCAACAGCUGCUAGUCAGCCAUUUCAUGCCACCUGGCCACCAAGCAGCCAGUGACCGCAGCAGCGGCAUGCCUCUCCGGGACGAAUUUGGCCGACCCCGACGGCAGUCACGUGGAGUCAGCAUUACGCCCAACCCGGGUAGUGAUGCUGGUUCUCUCGCGGCGCCUGUGCACCAAUCAGACGGUCUUUUGCGCCAGCAACUUUCCCCUAGUGCUUCCGCUGCCGAUACCGCCUCGGAUAGGGCCUCAGUUUCGCUUCCUCCCCAGUCAUCGUCGCCUGUUUCGGCUUCAUCAGUUUGGACAGAUGGGGCCUCAAGUAGAACCAUGGGUGGCGGUGACACGAGCUGGCCGGAGCCUUGGGUCCAUUCCUCAUAUCCUAGGGAGGAUGCAGAAAAUAGAGAGAGGGGUGCCGCCUCACAUCGGCCCACAAGCUCGAUGAUACCUCCUGUCUUGACAACACAAACCAGGGCUCCCACCGACUCCAACAAUCCAACUCCUCGCCAGGUUCCGAGCCGGCCACUUGUGGCACCGCCCCUGCUAUCCUUGGACACGAGCGAGGCGCCGGCAGUGUUCACCUUUGAGCAUCGACGAAAAGAUUACGCAGCAUCCAUACCGCCCCAGCUUGAUAGUGGCGGCAGUGGCAUUGACCGGCUGGCAUUGAUCUACCAAAACGAUUUGCCGUUGCGCUUGACUACCGAGUCCGAGAGCCCUUUUGGGUCGGAGCUCAGCUCGGCCGCAUCAGGUUCCUUGUCGCGCGCAUCGUCAGCAACCUCGCCUGGAACGAUAUCGCUCGCAUUCAAGGGCUCGUCUUCUUUGGUGCCUGGCAGUCCCGGUAGCUCGCAGCACAAGACAGAUGCAUCUACGCGACACCCAACACACACGAGACCGGCGCCGAUCCCCGUACGGAGAGUGGAAAGCAACAUGGGGUCUACGCAUGAAUCGACGGCCACUACAACAUACGACUUCCAUGACAUUCACCAAGGCGCCCCGUCUUCAUUUCCGCCCAGUUCACUUCUCCUUCCGCCACCGCCGCCCGGCUCCGAUAACUACGGGCUUGUCCUGACAUCUCCCGUGUAUCAACAUAGUCAUAUGGAUGGCGCAGAAGAUCAUGACGACUACGAGAUGACGAAUGACCCUGAAGAUGUGUUACAACAGGAUGACGCACCAGUCUGGAUGAGGCACACACGCUCCUUUGGCGGCGGCAUCUGCCUUGCCUGCCUUGCAAACGGCGGCGGGUUCUAUGGCGAGAAUGUUCCUUUGGAGGAGCGCAGGCCGCGAUAA